AUGAAUCCAGGCUCAUCUGUUGUGAACAUUGUUUUCGAAGGGGUUUAUAUGGAGACCGAAGAGAAUGGAGGAGAGCGUUUGAUGUGUUUGGUAGGAAGUUCAGCUUCAAUCUUACCUUGUACUGAUACAUGUGAAUAUGAUGUAUUCUCGGAGCAAAACAGCCAAAUUCCAAGGUACAACCGCCGCCAUAUUCGUUUCUUGCAAGAUGAUCAAGUUUUGCUUGUUCUACGGUAUCCUAAAAUCUUCAAAUUGACAAAAAGAGCAAUCCGGGGAGAAAUGUUAAGUCUCAAUACACAAGGAGGGCCAAGGUACUUCAGUAAAGUUUAUAUAUCUUCUCAAAUGAAUGGCCACUCGAAAUAUCAAUUUAGUUCAGAAUUGCUACAGUCUACAACUUUUGAUCCUCCCCCUUACCAAGAUGAAAUGAUGGAAGGUGGUGUCCAGAUGUUUACUGCUAGAGACUUCUGCGCGGUACUUGACUAUGAAUAUAGAGAAAUAUUUUCAAGUAUUGCUCCAAAUUACAGGUUCAGCAGUAGCCAUAAGCUCCAGAUCCAUGGCAACUUAGGCCCUUUCAUGCUCGGGAAUGAGAUGGAUGCUGGUGGUGAUUUGAGCUAUGACAAUGUUGAGUUCAUUUUCCAACAUGUCAAAUGCGAGCAGGAUCCUAACAGAACCGACAUUGCAAAUGUUUCUGCAGUGCUGAGAGCAUUUACCAAAGGAAGCUUUCAAUAUUUCGAAAGAUUAAGAACCGGCCUUUCUGGUUCGACUUUGGCCACUGAGGGUAUAUGGAAUUCUUCUUCUGGACAGCUUUUCAUGGUUGGAUGUCAAGGGACAGUCGACAUGGGAUCCGAAGGAUGUGACUAUGUGAUUGCAAUGUACUCUCCACAAUCAUUUUCCAUUAAUCAGAGAAGCUUUUUGUUUGGAACCAUAAUCAAUGUGAAAAAGGAUAUAGCUCUAGACAAUCCUUUAUAUUUCAAUGCAAGGAAAGGCAUAGGCGCAAGAGAUUUCACGGAAUAUUUACCUUACAAUUAUUCCAAGAUCAAUUUGGUCAGUGCAUUCCAAAAGGUAACUCUAUCUUAUCAAAUUCUAAACAUUGCCAAGCAGUGGCUCUUCCUGUAUCCAGCUCUAAAAGAUGGAGAAGACCCGUUUGCUCAGCUAAGCAUAUUGGCCGAAGACCUUGCAUUAGUUGGCUAUGCAGUCCCAGAUGGUCAACUGAUUGCUGGACCGGAAUCCCGAGUCUUGACUAUUCAGGUACUUUCUUUGGGUCCAUUAUCUGGAUGGUCUGAACCCAAUUUUGUGAAGGGAAAUCUCUGUAGGAAACCAGACAUUUCAAAAGAUGAUCUCACAAGCUGCAGGUUCUGGAAUGUGUCGAUGCAUCUCGCUUUCAGCAACAUGAGAGAAUACAAGCAAACAACUUACAAGAAUAUCUCUGAAUUGUACCUGGAAGGUGUAUAUGAUCCUAUUAUGGGUGAGAUGCAUUUGAUUGGAUGUAGGAAGGCUUCGGUGGCAAGUGUCAGCAUUGAACGAGGCCAAGAUUGUCUUAUAUCAGUGAAAAUUCAGUAUCCACCUGUAAACUUACAAUGGUGGAAAAAACCAAUUGCCGAGAUCACCUUCAGUAGCCAAAGAAAAGAAUACGAUCCUCUCUACUUUAGCUUGAUUACCAUUCAUGCUCGUUUGACUCAAUAUCCAGAUUAUUUGAAAGCAGCUGCAAAUCGAGCAUACUUGGUGGUGAUUGUAGGCAUUGUACUGCUCACAGUAUCGAUUGCAAUCAUAUGGAACCAACUCUCAUACAUGAAGGUAACCGCAGAUAUCGCUCCUUACAUUUCUACUACCAUGAUUGCUUUUCAGUUCCUUGGAUAUAGCCUUCCACUGAUCUAUGGUGGCAAAGUCAUACUGAAAUCAAUGGAACCCGAAGCUUACAAUGCAUUGCCUAGUGAUCAACAUGAGUAUGGAAUGUUGAAAUUCCUACAAAGUUUCGAAAGGGCUCUUUUGCUGGUUGUCAUACUACUUACUGCAAGACUUUUCAAUGUGGUAACCGAAUCUAGAAGUAAGACGCUCUUCCAAGGUUCCUCUAACCCAAGAUACGGUUCUAGAGAGAAAAGGGUAUUGUUGAGUAGCAUGGCUAUAUACACUUUCGGGUUUCUUAUUUGGCUUGUUGCUGGAUAUAAUCCUGAUGUACAAGUACAACAGCUAAAUAUUGAAAACGACAUGCAUGAACCAAGAAAUGGGCAGCAAAUAUUGCAAACUCGGAUGGGUGCAAUGGAGGUUUUAGUUUAUUUUCUACAAAACUACUUUCUGCUUCCUCAGAUUAUUAGCAAUGGAUUGAUGGCAAUGCCUGGUAAAUCCUUGAAGGAAGCCUAUUACCUUGGAUUGACUUUAAUUAGGCUCCUCGUGCACUUUUUGAACUACAUAGUGGAUCCUGUUAUAAAUGCCAAAGUUGAAAGAUUUCAAGUCUCGAGUUCAAACUCAACAUAUCUAAUGCUUCCCAGGGUUCUCGGUCCGAUAACGAUGAUUAUAUGUGCAGUUAGAGUCUACAUCCAGCAGAACUGGAAAAACAAGAAGCAUUAA